CUUAUUUUAUAUUUAAUUGAUAAGAUUUAAUCAAAUCAAAAAUCAAAAAUCAUUGAAGAAAAAAGUGUAACGCACAAAACUAGUAGCCAGAUUUUGAAUUUUUUUUGAUUGAUUGAUUGAUUUCGAGUUCAUCAAUCAGGUUUUCUUUUUUUUUGUCGAGGAUUUAUAUAAAUUUUCUCUACAUUUACCAAAUCGAUAUUCAUUGAUCAACAACGAUUCAUUACACCAACAUCGAUUACUUUUGCUUUUCAAAUUUACCCAAAACGUAAAACGUAACCAAACAAAACGUAAAACGCAAAAAAAUGUCAUCAUUAUUAUUAUCACAAUCGAUUAUGUCAAGUACGGAGAAUAGUUUACGUGAAAAAAGUUUACAAAGAAAUCAUCAACAACGUCAUCUUCAUCAUCCAAAACAUAUUGGUCAAUAUAGAGAUCGUAAUAGAGAUUUUAAUGUUAGUAAAAAUGAUUCCUAUCAAUACAAUAAUAAUAACCGGCCACAAUUGAUCGUUACCGAAGUACCGGAUUUUCAUCAUCCAUCACCGGCUGAUUUAUCUAAAUUUUGUUGGUUAAUAUUUGUUUCCGUUUUGGUUUUGGUUUUUUAUCUAUUGAUUUUUGCAUUAAUUUCAUUCAUAUGUUAUGUACUGUUUAUUUGGAUACCAACCGAUAUUGAACGUAAUCGAUUGAACAAUGAACUUUAUGAUUCGAUUGUUGGUGAUCGACAAAGUUUGCUAUUAAUUGGACAAUUACCACAAUAUGAUCGAAAAUUAUUAUUAACCCGGAAUUUAUAUGUAUUUGAAUCAAAACAAUCAGAAGAUUUAAUGAAUUUAGCAUCAAAACCAUUACCAUUACAAAAUAGAUUUCCAGCAUUAUUUUGGAAUGAAGAUUUUCGUUCAAUUGUUUCGAAUGAACAUAUUUCAGGUGCAAUAUGGUUGAAUGAACGUGGUGAUUUAAUUUUUGUUUUUAUGGCACCAUUAAAUGAUACAGCCAUAAGUAUUAUACGUUUUGAACCAUUAAUUAAUCAUAUACGAACUGAAAUACAAAUGAUUAAUCCAAAUGAAUCAAUUCUACCAAUAUCAUCAAUUGAUCCUGGAACUGAAUUACGUUUAAUUCAAACAAAAAAUGGAACAUCAUUAAAAGUACUUACCAAUCAAGAUGAUUUAAAUCGUUAUCUUUGUUUACAUUUGGUUAAUGAAACAAUACGACGAAUUGAAUUACGUGAACAACAAUGUUCAAAUAGUUCAAUGUUAUGGCCACAUUUUAAUGUUGGAUAUGGUAAUGGUACAUCAUUACAUUUGUUUGCAGCUAAAAAACAUCAAGUAAUGAUUGUACCGGAAAAUGUUCUCUAUCGAAUGGGUAUUGAAUAUCAUUUUGAAUUCAUUGAAAUUGCACAGCUAAUAUCGAAUCGUCUAUUUCCAUUAAUUGGUGAUUGGAUUAUAAUUGGUGUUGCUAGUUCAAUUCUUUUGAUAAUGAUCGUUUUGGUAUUGAAAUAUAUGAUGACAAAAAAUCAUCGACAAAUGAAUGGUAAUGAUACAACAUCAUUGCAGCAGCCAUCUUCUUCCAGACAAAAUGAUGAAUCACAUCCAUUAUUACAUCAUCAUCAUCAUCAUCGAUUAAAUCGAAUCGAUGAAAAUCGAACAGCAACCAACAAAUGGUCAAAUAUAUUCUGCUGUUGUCGAUCAUCAUCGCUAACCAAUUCAGCAUCAUCAUCUGCAAUACGUUCAACCGAUCGUCGACAUACUGAACCAACACAAAUGGUUACGAAAAAUUAUGCCAAAAUAUGAAUUCCUUUUUCACAUUUUUUUCUCUAUCUAUCUAAAUGACACGGAUGAAAAUUUUUUUUUUUUGUUUUAGUUAUUUUUUUUCUUAUCAUCAAACACUGGAUUCACUGACCUGAUUGGGUCGUUGAUUUAUUUCAUUGAAAUAUUUUGAAUUUUUUAUGGUUUUUUGUUUGUUUGUUUGUUUCUUGCUUCAUUACAAAUCAU